GUUAAUAUAUGCAAGUAUCAAAACAUAUUCAAAUAUUUAAAGACACUAUGUUUAAGGGGAAAAACUAUCGUAUUGCAUGAAAAAUGUUGUCGACUCUUGAGAAUAUUUAUUAAUACAUCGAGUUUGACGUUGAUUUAUGUUUAAGUUGACCUCAAGUUUUAAUGAUUCUGUGUCUACCAGUCCGGAGCCAUGAACUGUUCCUAAUUUUCGCUUGUUUUUGCUUUUAGGUGUCGUUGUUACAAAGCUUUCAUGAAAUAUAUAAUGAACCACUCCCCACAAUGCAGAGAAAAAUUUUCUCCUCUAAAUCACCGCCUAAAGGUCUGACAGUUACCUGAACAAAAACGACUUCUUUUGCCACUCGAUAGACAGACGGAGAAUUCCCGUAUCAUAUCGUCAAACAAAAAUUAAGCCGGCCAAUAUCUUCCUGGUUGCCUAGGGAAUCAUAUAUAUGACAUUGGUAAUUUGAAUAAACAGCUACAAAGAAAAGGAAAAAUAUCGAAUUACGUCAACAACAAAUUUCACUAGGGGUGAAACACAGACCAAAACAAUUCUAGAACUGCUAGGCUCCCCCUCUUUAGUGAGUUUCAACAACUUGGAUCAGCAAUUCCUUUCGCAGUGGUCAAUAUUAAAGGUAAUGUAUCGAGUACUUUUUCACAGUUCGAUUUCCCCACUGAGAGAUGACCAACAGCCAAGUGAUUAGAGAGGUUACAAAGAAAAGAAGCGUCUCCUCCGAUUACCUUGGUAUGAAAAAUAUCUUUGGUGAAGUUUCCAUAUUUUUGUCUGUGAACUGACGAAAUACAGAUCGUAACUUGUAGCUGGAGUGAAUUCCGUGAACUUCUUUAUUGAAGUGUGAUCGACCUAGACAACCCGUCGCUGUGCAGACAGGUGAUCUAGCCGAAUAUCAAUUUUGGCAUGUGGCGACGCAAAUAAAAGAGAAAAGGAGAUCAACAAAACCAUGUUUGAAACAUGCUUGAAACAUGUUUGAAACAGCUAGAUAAACAGGAACCUGUGACCUAGAAAAAUUUUAGAUGAUAAACAUCCUGCCUAACCAAUUAUCGUGGAUAAUUGGCAGGAACAUUUUCCCCACUGCACAAAAUAUUUCUAUCGUUCAUGGUGCCUAAAACAAAAGCUUGGGAUCUCUAGAGGGAAUAAUUAGUUAAAUAAUUACCUGUUACAAGUAAACACGUGUGUAUUCGCAUUUUGAAGGAGUGAACGUUACUGUGGAAGUUUCUGUCUAAAUGUUAUUAAGAAAGUGAGGUAGACGUGAUCGUUGCCUGGCAGGUGCUGUCAAUAAAAAAAUCUCUCUCGUUUCGUAAUUAAAAAUAACCCUGAGAAAAAGCGACGCAACUGAAUGCUUAUCAGCGAAAUGAUGGAGGAUAUUCCCUAGCUUAAAUAUUUUCUCUUCUCUCAAGAAGAGCGAUUGUCCUGGUUUAAAUUUCAUUUAACAUAUCCUUGUCAGAUAAGGGUAAGUAACAUUGUUGCUCCAUCGCUUGCUUGAAAUUGAUUUGCGAAACCAGAAAAAAGGAAAAAAGUACAAGAAAAGGAGGCCUAUAGGUUAAACCAAAACAUAUGUAGAAAAUCGAUAAAAUUCAAUUCACGCAUAAUUUGCAUCCCCUGAUUCGAAGGUGGAACUUAGUCCAGUUUUGGAAAAUGAAAUGUAAGUUACGCAGUGAUAACAAUGUCUAUCCAUUUCUACAAAAUGAAUGCUUUCGGAGAAAACAUAAACAACAACUAUCGUAUUGCAAGUACUUUGAAGAAGUCAUUUAUAGCAUUCAAGCAUUUGUUAUUACCACUGAAGCUCACAAACUUCAAAUGAUAAACUAAGUCGGUGUUUCUCUCAUGUCGCCGACUUCGCCGAAGAGCGAAAUUUCUAUGAAUUUAAAGCCGUAUGCAAAACCCCAGAAAAAUAACCCUACAAACGGUAAGUUUAUCAUUUCUACUUCUCAUAUGUCAAAUGUUAAAAGUUUAUUUCCCUUGCCACAUUGAAAAUAUUUUUUGAAGCUACCCUACUUUUCACACGGUACUUAAGUAAAUAAAUACAAAAACUCUUAUUUUAUUUCAAACUGAAAUCGUGAUUCUACCUUUUAGUGAAAACAUAGGGAAGACAUUGUUCUAAAAGUCCUUGUAAUAAGUAAGUUUUUUAUUGCUUUUACAAGUACAAACGAGGCCUCCAAAAAUGCAUAUGGCCUAAAUUCGACCUUCGAGUGAAGUUAAUUAUGCAGGAAUUGCCGAAUUUUAUCAAUUUUCUCGAAAACAAGGAAUUUUUCAACGAACUACAUACGUCUUGGCUUGUUUUACCAAUAGGCCUACCGAAUACUAGAAUAUGAUCUAAUUCAAUUUUUUGGCUGUUUCUGGAGAUUUAUGAAUUUGUCUGACUUUUAGUGACAUCUAACAACUAUUCACUGAAGUGGAGGCUGCCAGGUCGCUAGCCACCGAAAAUGAAAAAGAGGAAAAAUGGCACCUGACAACUUCACAACAGACAAUUUUCUGACGCCUGCUAAUUGAGGAAAAGGUGACGAUGGAGGAAAUUUUUUUGUGAUUAGUGUCAAGGAAGUUCGGUUUCAGCAAUCGUGGCUGGGUGUGUGCCUUUUUAGACAAAAUAUUUCUCGUUGCAAUUACAAAUAACCAGCAGGAAAAAGGAAUCGAACACAGAAUAAUGUCGACUACAAACUUCACAAGGGGUGGAACACAGACGGAAGCAUUUCAACGACUAAUAUGCUCCUCCUCGGGCUCUUUGGUGAGUGAGUCUCAUCUAGAAUUGGUUUCUUUCGCAACAGUUAACAUUCUCCUCUCCAUCACAGCGUUUCUUGGAAAUUCUCUCAUCCUUGUUGCCCUUCACAAGGAAUCUUCCCUUCAUCGACCGUCCAAACUCUUGUAUCGCAGUCUGGCAACAACUGAUCUGUUGGUUGGUCUUAUUAUCCAGCCUCUCAUUGUAACUUUUGUGAUAUCUUUGGUUCAAGAACACUGGGUUAUUUGUCAAUAUGCAAAUACUGCGGCCUACAUUUCAAGCAUAGCAUUAUGUGGAGUUUCUUUGUUGACAAUAGCGGCCAUUAGCGUGGACAGACUUCUCGCCCUGUUGUUGCGGCUGAGAUAUAGACAGAUUGUAACUUUUAAGCGCACAUGUAUAAUUGUGGCUUCCUUUUGGGUUUUUUCUCUUGUCGCGGCUUGCUUAUACACCAUAUUUGAUCACCGAAUACUGUAUCUGAGCACCGGCAUAAUAAUACCACUUUGUCUGAUUAUUUCAAUGGCCUCGCACAUAAAGAUUUUUUGCACUCUCAGGUAUCAUCAGACUAAAGUACAUGAUCAUGUUCAACAACACCUGAGUCAACCAAAUGCACUGAACAUGGCCCGAUACAAAAAGGCAGUGUACAGUGCACUGUGGGUGCAGUUGGCAUUUAUUGUUUGUUAUACGCCAUACUUCAUAGUGGAAACGGUGAUCGGUCUUAGUAAAACAUUUUCAUCACAAUUAAUUAUUCUAAGAAGAGUUACAAUCCUCUCAGUUUACGUUAACUCGACGUUAAAUCCGUUUCUUUACCUCUGGAAGAUUAGUGAAGUAAGACAAGCAGUAAAGCAGACAAUCAGACAAGCACUUUGUUGUCCAUGGAGUUAGAUCGCUCGUAAUUACACUCGAAUCGGAAUAUUUUCAAAGCAGAGUCAUGCAGUGACGAUUAUUACCAGCCGUA